CAACCAACACACGCAUGGUGUUUGUAUUGUUGUGAAAUCGUUCCACGCCGCCAGCACCCGAGAGCACCGGAAUCCACCACAAGAAAUCCAGCCCUAAAAUGGUCCAAAUAGAUGAAAGCAAAGUGGCCGCCAUCGGCGACGUGUUAAACAACCGUGACCGACCACUGAAGGAACGAUUCCGCGCGCUGUUCACUUUGCGCAACAUCGGUGGCGAGCGUGCGCUCGAGUCCAUCGGCCGGUGUUUCGAUGACGAAUCGGCCCUGCUCAAGCACGAGCUGGCCUACUGUCUGGGGCAGAUGCAGGACGUCCGAGCCAUUCCCGUGCUCACGAAAGUGCUUGCCGAUGUGCAGCAGGAAGCGAUGGUGCGCCACGAGGCGGCCGAAGCACUGGGCGCGAUCGGCGACAGUUCGGUCGAGGACACGCUGGUCAGCUACAGCAAGGACCCGGUCGUGGAGGUAGCGGAAACGUGCGAAAUUGCACUGGAGCGUGUGCGAUGGUUGAAGCAGAAGGAAGCACUGAAGGACGACAACCCGUACGCCUCGGUCGACCCAACGCCGCCGGCCACUUCCAAGAGCGUCGAGGAGCUGCAGCGAAUUCUGAUGGACGAGGCGGACACGCUGUUCAACCGGUACCGGGCCAUGUUUGCGCUGCGCAAUCUGCGCACGGAGGAGGCAACGCUCGCGCUGGCCAGCGGGCUAAAGGGCAAGAGUGCACUGUUCCGGCACGAGGUGGCGUUCGUGCUGGGGCAGCUGCAGGAGGAGUGCAGUGUGCCGUUUUUGGUGGAAAACUUGCGCGAUCCGGCGGAAAACGAAAUGGUACGGCAUGAGUGCGCGGAAGCGCUUGGCGCGAUUGCGACGGACGAGUGUACGCGCGUGCUGAACGAGUAUCUGAAGGACGAAAAGCGCGUGGUAAAGGAGAGCUGCGAGGUGGCGCUCGAUAUGUGCGAGUACGAGAACAGUCCCGAGUUUCAGUACGCCGACACGCUGGUUAAGGUAAACGAUGGUCAAUGAGCGAGAUUCACGUGCAGUGUGUACAUAAAGACACAGGGGAAAAACAAAAUCACAGGCAACACAGGUGAGGUUGAACACCGAAAGCUGUUAAUCUGCCCUUUCCCUACAAAUCUUACUGCUGUAUUUUUUUUUAUGAUAAGGUUUGGCAAAGGAAAUAAAAGUACGAUGAAAAUUUA